AUGAUAAGACUGCACCCCUUUCCAAACUUCCGUAAUGAAAUACGUGACCUUCGUACUGAUAUACGAGAUACGAAGUCCAGCAUGCACUUCAUCAAUGCCAAAUACGAGGAUAUUAGGGAAAAGCUUGAAGGCGGAAUCGCGGGCAACAAGGAACUAAAGAAAGAAAAUGAAGAACUGCGACCAAAGUGCCUUGCGCUUGAAACAAAAAUUAGAGAAAACCAAGUGAUCAUCGUACACUGUGACAAACACUCUCUGUCUAACGAUCUUGCAAUGAAAGGCAUUUCGGUGGCCGAAAACGAGAAUGUUAUUGAAACAUUGUGUAAGCUAAAGGACGCAAUCGGCGGGCCAAUCGAUAAAUCGGACGUUGUAAUCUGCCACCGAGUCCACACUCGAGAACGCGGCAAACAAAGCAUUAUCGUGCAGUUCAUCCGUAGAAAAAAGCGUGACAGGGUACUUGCAAGUGCCCGAGCAAAACGAUUAACGAAUAAAGAUUGGGGCCUUUCCGAUAACGCGCCUGUCUUUGUGAACAAGCAUCUGUGCCCGACCCUGAAGAAAUUGCUUGGUAAGACUAUCACCAAGAAACGCGAUGUCGGCUGA